AUGGCAGCGCAACCUGAUAUUUCCUCGAUCCUGGCAGCCCUAGCUGCCCAGCGACCUGGCGCAACCCCUUCUCAGACGCCGCAACAACCUCCACAGCCGCCGCAACUCAUGGCGCCGGGUCUCCCUCAAGGCUAUCCGGGAAUGAUGCCUGCUUCAACACCACAAACUGGAAUACCUGGGUACGCCUUGCCGCAACCCUCAAACACGGGCAGUCUGGAUAUAAGUGCAAUCAAGCCGGUUAGCACUGGUUCGGUCAGCAUUGCCGAUGCAAUUGCAAAGGCAAGAGGGAUUGCAGCAGAGAAGGGAUUAGCGUACGAAGCAGGGCGCGGUAGUGCAGCUCCUCCGCGCGAAGAUCCUAGACUCGCUGGACGCCAAUACCGCCGCUCGCGAUCGCACUCACGUUCUCCACCACGGCGAGAAGUUCGCGACAGCUACAACCCUUACCGUGAUGAACGGCGGGACGACCCACGAAGAGGCGGCAAUCCGUACGGUAGGGAUCGCUCGCGCUCGCCAGCGCCUCGUGGACGUGAAGCGUUCUCUCCUGCCCGCUACACGGCGACCAGGAACCGAUCGCCGCCAGGUCGCGCUGAUGACGAGAACGUGGAGACGAUCAUGGUUGACUCGGCCCUUGUGGGUCUGGUAAUUGGACGGCAGGGAGAAAAUCUACGUCGUGUGGAACAGGAUUCGGGCACCAGGAUACAAUUCAUAACUGGCCCAGACCAAUCCGGACCGCAGCGGCAAUGCAAAAUCACCGGCAACCCUCGGGCGCGUGCUGAAGCGAAAAGAGAGAUUAAUCGCAUCAUCAAUGAGAACGGUGGAAAUCCAGCGAGAGACGUUCCGCAGGCCAAUCGUGGCGGCAGUAGCGGGGGUAGAGGUGGAGGAAGAGGGGAUCAGAACAAGGGGAAUCAACCCGCACUUCGUGAAGGGGAGAACAGCGUCCAGAUAAUGGUGCCAGAUCGAACCGUUGGACUGAUCAUUGGUCGUGGUGGAGAAACGAUCCGCGACUUACAGGAACGAAGCGGCUGUCAUGUCAAUAUCGUGGGUGAAAACAAAAGCAUCAACGGCCUCCGUCCAGUGAACUUGAUCGGAACACCGCAGGCUGCUGCCCAUGCCAAGGAGCUCAUUAUGGAGAUUGUGGACAGCGACACCAGGACACAGAUGCAGGGCAACCAGCAGCGGGACCCUGGACGUGGCGGCGGAGGACACGGCUCCCACGGCAACGACAAUUACGCCGGUAGCGAUGGCGGGAAUAACAAGAUCAACGACACUAUCUCUGUUCCUUCCGAGUCCGUUGGCAUGAUCAUUGGCAAGGGCGGCGAGACCAUCAAGGAGAUGCAGAACUCCACUGGAUGCAAAAUCAACGUUUCUCAGGCGACCGGUCCGGACGUCGAACGAGAAAUCGGCCUCGUUGGAACGCGGAGUGCCAUCGAGGCUGCCAAACGGGCUAUCUGGGACAAAGUGGAUACGGUACGUGAGAAGAACGGUGCGAGAGGAGGCGGCCGUGGAGGUGGACGUGACAACGACAACUAUAGUGACCGUUACUCACAACCACAGCAGCAGCCGCCCUAUGCUCAGGGCGCAGGACAGGGAAUGCCGCCUCAAGUGCAACAGGGCGUUCCCCCUGUCGUCGGAGGCGAUGCUGGUGCCGCUGACCCAUAUGCCGCAUAUGGCGGAUAUCAGAACUACGCCGCGAUGUGGUAUGCCGCCAUGGCCCAGCAAGCAGCACAGGGCCAAGGUGGGCAACAAGGACCACCCGGAGCCUAG